AUGUCGGCUAUCCAAAAUCAACUCCAGCAAGGCGCCGUCCCCAACUCUAUAUCCAACGUCUGCCCCCAAGGCACCAAGUUUCACGUCUUGGAGGUCGGCUGGCUUGAGUGUGACGAAGGCUUUGUCGUCCGAGGUGGCAACACCAGCCUGAAGAGCAACGAAGGUGAAACGUUCGUCAACAAACGUCGACAAAUGCCUAUGUACUGUAUCCUCGUCGAGCAUCCGCACGAGGGUCUAAUACUCUGGGAGACAGGAUGUGGGAAGGACUAUCCAGAAGUUUGGGGUCCUGCUGUCUCUGAUAUCUUUGCUCGAGUCCAGUAUGAGCCUCAGCACGAGCUUCGUGCCGCUGUGGAAGCCACUGGGAAUAACAUUGAGGAUAUUAAGAAGAUCAUAAUUGGACAUCUCCACUUGGAUCACGCGGGAGGUCUAGAUGAGUUUGCAGGUACGAAAAAUGUCGAGAUAUGGGUCCAUGACAGGGAACUCCGCGGAGCAUUUUGGUCUGUGGCUACAGGGGCUGAUGCGGGUGUUUACCUGCCGCAUUAUCUUGAUCUGUCGUUGAACUGGAAAACUUUCGACGACCAGACCUUCGACUUCUGUCAGGGCAUCACUCUUCACCAUUUACCCGGGCAUACAGAUGGCCUUAUCGGAAUGCAAAUCAACAUGCCUGAGACAGGAACUUUCUUUUUUAUCAGUGACCACUGUCAUGUCAUUGAAAACUGGCGAGACGGCAUCCCACAAGGAUGGCUCGCUCGAGAUCAUCCAGCCUGGUUCAGGAGUACGCAACGACUCAAGCAUCUGGAGCGAAUUACAAAGGGCCAGGUCAUCCCGGGCCAUGACAAAGAGACAUUCCUGGCGCUACAGAGACAGGCGAAAAUAUUCACUUAA